GAAGGUUUCGACAAAAUAAUUGCGUCAUUUCGGCGCGCGCCCCCCUCUAAUUGGUGUAUAUUGGCGCUAAAGACGCCCUCAGAAAAACUUUGACGUUGAUAAACUGAAAUGGGGUGUCGUAAUAAUCUGGCAAUGAUAACUGAGGGGGUUAGUCGUCGACUUCUCUUCCCCCUCCUCCUUCCUCGGCACGCUACUGUUUCUAAAAAAACAUGUGCACCUGGACAAAAUACAACGCUUCAAAGAUAUGCAUCGAAAACGGUUUCAACAACCCAUUUAUUUUGAAACAUUUGUUUUCAAGUUUUUGCCCACAUCUAUAUGAUGGAAAAUAAAAACGAACGUUUUCAUCACAAAACUGAAUUGAUAUUACUAAAACGGCAACUUAUCGUCUCGAUCCUUUUAUGCCUUUGCGUACAGUCACAUUUCAUGGACCAAAUGACCGAUCAUUCCGACGAAACCCCUGAUGAGCCAGUUGUCAAACCUUUUGAAAAGUUGGCUGGCCUGAGCGGACAACAGCAGACAUCAAAACCAGUGUACCAUGUUCCCCUUGCGGCCUUCGGCACUGUGACCUUUUCGGCUAAUGGGAACACUUCCGAUUUCAUCAGAGUGUCUCCUCAACAGAUGGACGCAGACAGCCUAUUGAAACACUUGUGCAACAGGAGCUCAAACAAUGCGAGAGUGGACAGUUUAGAGUUAGUCAUCUCGGUGCAUGGAACACUCGAUGAAUCUUCCCGAAAUGCAGACGCUGAAAAAGAAUUCAACAAACUGAAGGAGGCGUUGGCCACUAUCCUCAUAAUUGGAAAUGGGUGGGUAGUCAGUCCAGGUGAAUCAUCCAAUCAACUCUUGAAGCUGAUGGACGUGGAUCAAAGGGAGCUGGAGGUCGACUUGAGCCGUUCAUAUAACUUCGUCUCAGUGGCUUUUGUUGAUUACGAAACACUAGUGGACAAAACUGUACUAGAUGAAUGCGACAGUUCCGAGCUGAGAAAAUAUCCAUCGCCGCACAACGACAACAAUAACAGCAAUUCUGAAAAUCUUCAUCUACUUUCAUCAGAGAAUACCCACUUAGUCGUCGUAUGUGAUUCAAAAUCAGCCGAAAAAGAUGAAGGGCAGAAUCAUAUUCGAGAGCUGCGUAGUUCAUUUGAGGAGUGCUUGGUUGAAAAGCGUCGCCACAACCUACCCAUUUUAAACGUCUUUGCCGGUGGAUCCGAUGCUGAUAUUAACAGUAUGAUGCAGAAACUGGAUAAAAACCAAAUUGUCAUCCUUCUCUCUGGUCUCGCCACAGACUCCAGCAAAUUGAACUCGAAAAAUGCCGAAACGUGGAAAGCUCUGACGGCUCACAAAAAGAAGGAAAACUUUCACGUGAUUGAUUUGCUAACGUUGGACAGUCACAAACAGAUGUAUGUGAUUGGAUCGAAAGUACUCUCACCAGAGAAGAGAAUUAAGUUGGCCGUUUUUGACUCGCUGGAUGGGAAUCUGCGGAUAGUUUUGGACGAACUGGCUUCGGACCCAACUAUGGAAUCCUUUUGCUUGAAGGCUUUUCAGAAUGCUCUCAUCGAAAAGCAGUUUCAGAUUGUAGAAGGCAUUGUUUCGUCUGGUUUUGACCUUUCAAAACACUUCGACAACCAUUUCUUGCUUGACCUCUAUAUCUCGGCUAUGACCGUUUCCCCUGCCCUUCUGGAGUUCAUCAACGAUUACAUGCCGAUUGUGACGAGAAUGAAACCAGACCUGUUCCAGCUGAAAUACCUGAACGAUCUGCUGAAAGAAAUGCUGAAGAAGUCUGGGUGUACACACACAGCUCUGAAUAUGAAUCAACAUUUGUUUCUGUUCAGCUUGAUGCAGCUGGACAAAAGCAUGAGCGAGUUCUUUUGGAAGAGAUGCGACGAACCGAUGGCCUCUGCUCUUUUGGCCAAACUCCUGCUAGACCAAAUGGAGAGCUCCUCCGAGUUCGGACAGUGGAAAUCCGCGUUAGAUGAGCUCACUUCCCACUUUGAGCAGCAGGCAUGUGACUUCCUGAAUAAAUUCUACGGCGAGGACGAAGAAAUGGCCAUGGAGAAUUUGAAGGCAGAGCAGCAAAGCUGGUUCGAUCUGAAGCCUCUGGACCUGGCAGAGAAAGGCAAUUGCAACAUUUUUUUCUCCCAAUUCCCGGUCCACCGACUGCAGAUGGAGACCUUCUUUGGCAAAAUCAUGACUUCGUGCUCGUGGAUUCGACUGCUCUUGUGUGUCACUCUAGUCAUUCCAGUCGGUGUUAAUCUGCCGUGGGUAGCAGAGUAUAAGGGAAACUUCUAUCAGAUGAAGGGGUUCCUCAUGCAACAAAUGGUUCGAGACAGGAGCAACAGUAAAAAACGGAGUCACAAUUUAGACCCUCCUGAAAGAGUAAAGCGACAGUUGCAACGACAAAUUGGUCUCAUGUUCUACUCGGUGUACACUUCGCCUGUGGUCAAAUACAUUAUAGACACUAUUUACACUUUGGGAAUAGUGAUUGCUCAGAGUUACAUGUUGACCGUGGUGUUCCAGCUUAGGGAAAAAGUCUCGUUGAUUGAGUGGAUUCUUCUAGGAUUGAAUGUGUCCAAUCUGUUCAAAGACAUAGUGUCCUGUCUCUACUAUGACAAGACUAGAAGGACAGCGAGAGUACAACAGUUUUAUAUGUCCAACAAGUGGCUCAUCGUAUCAACAAUCACUAGUGUCACUUUCAUAUUCGCUACAACUCUUCAUGCACUAACGUAUGACAACGUGGAUGCUUCCGAGUGGUGCCAGGUGUUUUAUAUGCUCAGUAACUUCCUCAACUACGGAAUCCUUCUCAGGUCAUGUCUUGUAUGGGACUAUGUCGGGCCAUACAUAGUCAUGAUGGCCCAAAUGACUCGAGACCUUCUUGUAUUUCUUGUUGUUGUUCUCAUUUUCACAAUCGGAUACGGAAUAUGUCUACAAAGUAUUCUCUACAGCAACAUUGACGGUAAAAUUACCUGGGGAGUUAUUUUUGGGAUAUUGCUGAAGCCAAUUCUUCACGUUUUUGGCGAGAACUUCCUGGACAAUUUGUCCGAAAGUGGCGAAUGUGACGCUGAUUCAAAUUACCUCUUCAAAAAUUGCCAGCUUUCCUUUCUUCGACCAGUGGUCGGCUUAAUUCUCUUUCUUUGCUAUGCAACAUUAGUGAACCUUAUGUUGGUCAAUCUGUUGAUAGCCGUUUUCAGUAACACUUACACAGAAAUGAAUGCAAACAUUACCCUGCAUUGGAACCUCAUUUUCUACCGAGUCGCUGUUAAGUAUUAUUCAAGAAGAAAUAAUUACCCUGGUCCGAUAUUUUUCCUGAUAUUUGUCGUUGAUUUGUUUCGCUUGCUUAAAAAGCAAGGUCGAAGCUGUGUAAAUCGGGUCUGUCAUACAAUGAAUGGUGCUGACGGUGCUGAACAAUUGGAGAAGAAGCAGAAAGAGUUCAAGGCGAAGAAAAUGGAAAUUCUCGUUUUCCAGAAAUCGUUUAAUGCAAACUUAGGUAAAUCAAAGAUAUAUUAAUAGUGCUAAUUUGAAAUAUGCUUUAACUUUCUUUAAUCCAAUAA